AUGAUAAGUUCCUGUAUCAAACUUCACAGUUACCCCCAUCAGACAACUGUGUAACUUCACAUGCACUGUUGCCAAGGAGAAUGAAGAGCAUUACUGAGUGCAUGGACUGUGGCUUUUCAUUGAGGCAAAAACCUUGGGGUGCCAUGAAGACCACUCUACAGUGUCUGUGGGAUGUUUACUCAAAACCAACCCAGGCUGCCAAGGAGGUCCUGACAUUACUUUCUAUGUGUUUCAUUAUAGCCAUGGUGACUGGUGGUCUCCUCUACCAUUGGAUGACAGAGAUCCUGAGAUAUGACAGUGGUACUUCCAGCACUGCUGCCUGCAUCUAUAGCGUGGCCAUCCUUUUCCUCUCGUUCCUCUGUCAUCCUCUCCGUUGUGUGCUAACUAUGAUCCUGCCCACUCUGGGCACCAAACAGGGGCGCAAGCUGAUCAUUUCCACCUCUGUGAUUGUGUUAGUGUUGAGCAUCAUCCUUAACAUAACCGUUAACAUGGGAGUGGUGAUACACGUUUUAAAGUGCACCUCUGAAGGUUUUGUCCACUCUCUUUUAAACUCAUCUGAGCUGUUUCAAGAAGCAAAGAGAGAUCUUGUUAGAGAGGCUAUCAAAGUGAAACAGGAAGAACUAAAUAUUGUUAACAGGUUGAGGAAAUUUGAUCAUUUUACGCACAUUGAUGUGUCAAAGGUCAAAAAUAUGUUUGUUACUGUAAGCAAACAGAUUGAGAGUGACUUUUCACGUGCCAAUAAACUGCUGGAGGAUUAUAAACUUCUGUCAAACAGGAUUCUGGCGGCCAUCUUUCUAAUCUACCUGAUAGUUGAAUCAGCCUACUACCUGAAGUCAUAUGUCAAUUCAGUUAAGUUUGACAACGUUUACAUCACCAGACAGUUGCUGCAAAAAGCAUCUGAGGAUGGAAUCCAGAUAGAGCCAACUAACUUGAAAAAUAUGGUUAAUUCCACAAGUUGUAAAAUAACAAAACAGGAAUUUACCAAAUGUCUUGCUCCCAUAGUAGUGGUGACUUUGUAUUUUAUUGUUAUUAUCUUCAUAAUGGUUUUGGAUCACAUUGUGUACCAUCUAGUUACAGUGAGUGGGCCUUGGCUGCUGGAUGUUCCAGCUACAUCUGUCAACAUAGCUGUGAAAUAUAAGAUUCACCUGCGCUUUCCAGGUCUAUGUAUUAUCCCAGCUAUCUGUAGGGAUACAGAACUGGCAAACCUCCACAAGCAGUAUGACUGGACAUUUAGCCCAGAGGCUUUACGCUGUUAUAUUGAGCCCUCUGCACCAGACCUGAGAGUGAGGGUCUUCCUGGGACUACUCUGUCUGGUGAGCUACAUCAUGGUGUUACUGGAGGUCUACGCCAGGCGCAUCCGCAGGAAAGUGUCUGCAUCCUUCUUCAAAAUGCAGGAGGAAAAAAGAAUUAAUUUCUUAUUGAAGAAGAUACAGGCGAAACAGGACACAAGAGAAAACAAAAUAUUUUUCAUUGAAGCUGUGAAUGAGACCCGCGUUCACACAAACCAAAACGUAAUUUGAAGCUUGACUUGCUGUCAUUAUAUGUAGUUUAGUGAGACCUCUGCUUUUAAUACGUUCACUGCUCCUCUUGAGCUAUUCUAAAAUAGAUUUAUUUUAGAAUUGGAGAAAACCCUGCUCAGUCUCCCCAGCUGUCAGCUGAGAGAAUUUGUUGAUUCGAUUUGUCCAUAUUUUCAGAUUGAACUGAUUCUGCAAUAUACAAAUGAAAAGCAUGGAAUAAAACAUGUAACUUCAAAGUGAUACAAGCAUGCUUAUCCCUGUGUUACAAUACAAUUGAUGAAUUCAGUGCCAACAUCCUGCUCUCCAUGAGCCAAAGGGCCUGUUGAGAACAGGACAGGGCAUCCUGUUACUGAGUCACAGUCAUAGGACCUUUCUCCUGGUCGUGGAGCACCCCUCUUACGCCCACAUUGCCUCGUCUCAACAACACUCAUGAAACCAUGU